AUGGACAGCCUGAUCGCAUCUGUCAGUCAAGGACUGGUCGCCACGGCGGUUGAGCUUCCCUACAGUCAAAUCACCACCGCACCACAGCUCACACAUCAACGAGACCUACUAAGAAGAGUAGCGACCGUCGACUCGGCAACAUGUGGUUGGGUUAAUGGAGAUUACAAUGAUGCACUCGUCUGUGCCGAUCCAUACCAUCAACCGUGUCUCUGGAAUUCGGAUUACCACGUCGUCGGAUGUUGCGCCGGCUCAGCAACGGCGGACUGCAAUUGGAAGACAUCCUGCGUGCCGUGGGCAAGUGUCAACUACGGCUGUGACUCGGCAUGCCAAAAGAACUCGUGGAACUUGAUAUGCCCCUCGGACCGACCCCUCUGCGGCAUGGCGACGUUCGCCGGCCCUGCAGGCUACAGCUACCACAGCUGCACGGACAAAUAUGCCAGCACGGAAACCGUCUAUCUGACAUGGCAAGGCGGCGACGCGACCGUGCAAGACAUCCCACGGUACUACGCGAGCUACUGGGCGUCCAGCUCAUCAUCGUCGAGCAGCAGCAGCACCGCAACCAGCACCACCAAGUCCGCCAGCAGCGGCACCGUCACGAAAUCCAGCACCACAGCGACGUCCACGUCUGCGGCCGCCAACGCCGCCGGCAGCUGGAUCCAACGGCACAAGUGGGCGGUGAUCGGCGCGAUUGUGGGCGUGUUGAUCGUCGUGCUGUUGUUGGUCACGUGUUGCGCGUGCCACAUUCGGAGGAAGCGCAAGGACCGCACCAGAGGCGCUUAUGUCCCUGCUGGCGCCGGCCAGGCGUUCCCGGGCACCCAGGAGAACGUGCCCCUUACGGGUUAUGAGCCUUAUAAGAUCAAUUAUGCCAAGUCUUGA